AUGCCACCUCCGCAACGCCCCUUCUCACGCAUCCUCGUCGCCAACCGCGGCGAGAUCGCCAUUCGGAUCCUCCAGUCGUGCCAUGAACUGCCCGAUCCCCCGACCACGUUCGCCAUCUACACCGACAGCGACUCGACGCACGUCUCGCUGGGCCGGCCUCACCACGCCAUUAAAGCCGCCCACGGUCCCGCGUCGUACACGAACAUCGACUACCUGAUCGGCCUGGUGCGCGACAACCACAUCGACGCCGUGCACCCGGGCUACGGCUUUCUGAGCGAGAGCGCCGAGUUUGCACGCCGCAUGUGGGCCGAGGCCCGCUGCGUGGUCGUCGGGCCGGGCUGGGAGGUGCUCGAGCGGACCGGCGACAAGUUGAUGGCCAAGGCCCUGGCUGCAGAGUGUGGCGUGCCCGUCCUCACGGCCAUGGAGAGCCCGACCGGCCGCGUGGAGGAUGUCCGGCGCUUUGCCGCGACCGUCGGGUACCCGUUGAUGAUCAAGGCCGUGGACGGCGGCGGCGGUCGGGGCAUUCGCCUGGUCAAGGGCGAAGACGCCCUGGAUAGUGCGGUGCAGCGCUGCGUCGCCGAGUCGCCCAGUCGUCUGGUGUUUGCCGAACAGGCCGCCGUCGAGGGCUACAAGCACAUCGAGGUGCAGAUCGUGGGCGACGGCCGCGGCGGUGUCACGCACCUGUGGGAACGGGACUGCAGCGUGCAGCGCCGGUUCCAGAAGAUCGUCGAGGUGGCGCCGGCGCCCGUGUCGGGACAGGCCCGGACGGCGGUCGUCGCCCAGGUCAUCGACUCCGCCGUGCGCAUGGCCGCCCGCCUGCAGUACCUGGGCCUGGGCACCUGGGAGUACCUGGUUAACGUGCAGCAGCGCAAGUUCUUCUUCCUCGAAAUCAACCCGCGCCUGCAGGUCGAACACACCAUCACCGAAUGCAUCACGGGCGUCGACCUGGUCAAGCAGCAACUGCUCCUCGCUCAAGGACGGCCAAGCACCGCGGAUCUCAGGCUGGGAGAGUUGCGGGCGGCCGACACAGUCCCCCCCGCGGCCUCCAUCCAGCUGCGCCUCUGCGCCGAAGACCCCCUCGCCGGCUUCUCCCUGAGCAUCGGCAAGGUCAGCGACGUGCAGUUCCCGUCCGGCAACGGCGUGCGGGUCGACAGCCACCUGUCGCGCGGCGGAGUGGUCGGGUCCGACUUUGACAACAUGAUGGCCAAGAUCAUCGUCACGGCGUCGACCUGGGCCGAGUGCGUGUCCAAGGCGCGGCGCGCCCUGGAAGAGACCAAAGUCGUCGGUGUCAAGACGAACCUCAACCUCCUCAAGGCCAUCCUGACCGACAGCACCUUUGCCGCCGGCGCCGCGGACACCAGCUGGCUGGAGCAGAACCUCGACCGCCUCGUGCCCGUGGGAGAACAGCUCGGCAGCGCCACCGAACAACGAGACACCUCUCUUCCCAGCCUCUCCCUGUCCAGCACCGCCCCGGGCUCUGCCGUCGGUGGUGCAUCGACGCUCUUCCGCAAAGGCGACGCCUGGACGCUGGUGCUGGAGAACCCCAGCGAGAAAUCCUCGAGCGGCAUCAAGCCCCCGGCGCACCACCUCGCCAUCUCGCGGGUUACGCGCAACGAGUUCCCCACGGCGCUCGUCGCCGACAUCUCGUACACGGUGCCGGGGUCGACGCCGCGCGCGUACAAGAUGACCAUGACCAGCACGACGUCCUCGGCGGGCGCGGCGGCUUCGACGCACCGACGCGGCGACCCGAGCCGGAACACGCACAUCGUGCUCCCCAUGAGCGGGAAGCUGGUCGAGGUGCUCGUGGACGUGGGCGACGAGGUGCGCGAGAACGACGUCAUCGCCUUCGUCAAGCAGAUGAAGAUGGAGCUGGAGGUCCGCUCGCCCCGCGCCGGCAGGGUCAAGUGGGUGAUUGAGAUGGAGAACGAGGAGGAAGGGGACGACGUCGCCGAGGGGACGUUGCUGGUCGAGUUGGAGGACGAGGAGCAGAGCCAGGCAAAGAAGCCUGAGGUCCGGUCGAUGUUGUGA